AUAAAAUCGGGGGGAUUAUUUUUUUUGAAAACGAUGGAACCUAUAAAACACACAAUCAUCCAAUCUCCACUUCCACCAUCUCCACUUCCACACACCAAACCUUCAAACUCAAACGCCCCUUCCACCAUCUCCACUUCAUCUCCGUCUCUCCACCACCAUGUCUAAUUACAUCUGGAUCCCCUUGCUCCUCUUCCACUCACUCACUCAACUCACUUCAACUCAGUCCGAGUCAACUCUCCGCCUCCCCAGCGACUCAACUCCUGCUUGUCCCGCACUCAAUCCCGACCUCAAUUACCGUCCGGUCAUCGGAAUUAUCUCUCAUCCCGGCGACGGCGCUUCCGGCAGAUUAAAUAAUGAUACGAAUGCUUCGUAUAUUGCAGCUUCUUAUGUCAAGUUUGUUGAAUCAGCUGGCGCUAGAGUCAUUCCUUUUAUCUUUAACGAGCCUUCUCAUAUCCUCCAACAAAAAUUUGAGCUGGUCAACGGUUUUCUAUUUACUGGAGGGUGGUGCAAAGAGGGACUUUAUUUUGAUGUUGUUGAGGAUAUAUUUAAGAAAAUAUUGGAGAAGAAUGAUGCAGGACAUCAUUUUCCCCUGCUUUCCAUCUGCUUAGGUUUUGAACUUGUAUCGAUGAUUGUCAGCAAGGACAGGAACAUUCUCGAACCUUUUAGCGCAUCAGAUCAAGCUUCGAAACUAGAAUUUAUGCAAAACAUAAACAUAGAAGGAACAGUAUUUCAAAGAUUUUCUCCAAAUUUGCUCAGAAAGCUCAGUACUGAUUGUUUAGCAAUGCAAAACCAUAAGUAUGGCAUAUCACCAGAAAAGUUUCAAGGCAAUGCAGAUCUACAUAGUUUCUUCGAGAUACUCACAACUACUGCUGAUGAAAAUGAUAAGGUUUAUGUCUCAACAGUGCAAGCACGCAAAUAUCCUGUGACUGCUCCACAGUGGCACCCCGAGAAAAAUGCUUUUGAAUGGGCCUCAGAAAUGAUUCCACACUCGGAAGAUGCCGUUCAAGUUACUCAAAAUGUUGCAAAUUAUUUUGUGAGUGAGGCGAGGAAGUCAUCGAAUAGGCCUCCUGCUCAGACAGUUCUUGACAACCUUAUAUACAAUUACAGUCCAACUUUCUGCGGGGCAGCUGGGAAAGGAUAUGACGAGGUAUACAUAUUCACCUAGCUCUCGAUCCUGGUUAUGUCUACUGAAGCAUAGCGUACAGUGUACUGUUAUAUUAUAUACAACAAACAAAUUCUCUCAAUACAAGAUCAUAUCUUAUCUUUUCCACUUGUUUGCGGAGAUGGCUAGUCUGUAUACUAAAGUUAUUUGCCAGAAACUCUGCAUC